UGCUGCCAGUCGCCCCAAGAUGGCGGACACAAUGAGCCGCCGCCGCGCCGGUUGGUCGUGAGGCGACCGUGUGGAGGAGCCGAGCGCCGGGCCCGACCGCCCCCGUCGGAGGAGCGUCGCGCGAGGCGGAGGAGGCCGUGGAGGCGGCUGCCCGGCUGUCGGCCGCUCGCUCGCCGGCCCCCCGCCCCGCCCGGCUCGGCCCCUCAGCCGCCUGCGCGCCCGCCGGGCCCCGCCCCGGCCUUGCGCCGCCGCCGCCGCCGCCGCCAUGAAGCUGACCGACAGCGUGCUGCGGAGUUUUCGCGUCGCCAAGGUGUUCCGCGAGAACUCGGACAAGAUUAACUGCUUCGACUUUAGCCCCAACGGGGAGACAGUCAUCUCGAGUAGCGACGACGACUCCAUCGUGCUCUAUGACUGCCAGGAGGGCAAGCCAAAGAGAACCCUGUACAGUAAGAAAUACGGUGUGGACCUCAUCAGAUACACUCAUGCAGCAAAUACCGUUGUUUACAGCUCUAACAAAAUAGAUGAUACUAUUCGCUACUUGUCCUUACAUGACAACAAAUACAUUCGAUACUUUCCUGGACAUAGCAAAAGAGUGGUGGCCUUGUCCAUGUCACCUGUGGAUGACACUUUCAUUUCUGGGUCUCUUGAUAAGACCAUUCGACUUUGGGAUCUCCGGUCUCCUAACUGCCAGGGCCUCAUGCAUCUACAGGGCAAACCAGUUUGCUCUUUUGAUCCAGAAGGGUUAAUUUUUGCUGCAGGUGUCAAUUCUGAAAUGGUCAAACUUUAUGACCUUCGCUCUUUUGAUAAGGGGCCAUUUGCAACUUUUAAGAUGCAGUAUGAUCGGACCUGUGAGUGGACAGGACUUAAGUUCAGCAAUGACGGCAAACUCAUCCUCAUUUCUACCAAUGGCAGCUUUAUCCGGCUUAUUGAUGCUUUCAAGGGAGUAGUAAUGCACACAUUUGGGGGUUAUGCCAACAGCAAAGCUGUCACCCUGGAAGCCUCUUUUACUCCAGACUCCCAGUUUAUUAUGAUUGGUUCAGAGGAUGGCAAGAUCCAUGUUUGGAAUGGGGAGAGCGGUAUAAAAGUAGCUGUGUUAGAUGGCAAACACACAGGCCCCAUUACCUGUUUGCAGUUCAACCCCAAGUUCAUGACCUUUGCCAGCGCAUGUUCCAACAUGGCCUUCUGGUUGCCCACCAUCGAUGACUGACCCUGAUGCUGCCCAGCUGUUUCUGUGCAGUGAGGGUGGCCAGCUGGAAAAGACUUAGAGGGGACUGAGAUAAUAUUGGGACAGGAUUGUUUGCCUGGGCUGGAGAGCAUCCUUCCACGUGGCCUUCCCAUGGAUAUGCUGUACAUCUGCUCAGAAGAAAAAAAUCACUUUGCCAAGCUACUUCAGAAGGACUCUUGGUGCAGCAGAUGUGAUCGGGACACAGAUUUUCCAGUUAUUGUUGCACCAAGUUUCUCCAGAGAAGUGACCAAAUUCAUUAUUAGGCUAUAGUGGGGCCCUCAAGAUGCCUUCAAUUUUGAAUGUAUUUGCUGCUGAGGAGCCGGUUAAUUCUGCACAUCCCUUCCCCACCCUCAUAAAUGCAUGGGAAGCCACAGUUCUGGUUUUGAGAUGCUAGGGCAGCUUAGUGCCCCUUGCCCUCACCCUGCAUGUCUUGUUACUGGGUUUCCCUGUGUCAUUGUGGCAUUAUUCCACAGUCAUCAUGUUACUUAGGUGCCAAACAUUUAUAGAAAAUAAGUUUUCAUGUAUCUUGGGAUCGUAAAAGAAUCUACAGAUGGAUCUUACUUGGCAGAAAGCCUUUCAAAUAAGUCGUAAGGGUGGGUGAUCUGGGCAUGCCUUGGGCUUUGGGUGUUGAGUGGAAAAAGGCCCACAAGCCUAAGGGGGAUGGGGAGAGCGAACAAGAUCCAAAGAUUGAAGGUUAACAGCAGUUUGGUAUGGUCCCCCGUUAUCAAAGCAAACCCAUUGUCCUCCAGGGUGCCUGCUGAGCUUGGUCAUGUACUAAGGCAAGGUGGGAAUCUUAUUUUGUACAUGAGAAACAUCACACUUUUUUGUGGGCCAGUUUUGUGGAAUAAGUCUGAGUUGUUUACACUGAUGCCUUCCAUGCCCACCACAAAUUGUGUACAUAGCCAAUCUUUCCCCCAGCUCUCAACUAAGAGCUGGCUCUAGGCCUGUGUUAUAUGUUAUAUUUAGCCUUUUAUAUAUGACCUGGGAUUUCUGUUUGUAAUUUAGUGUGUAGACCUUCAUUUAAAUCUUAUGAGUGUAUGUGCAUACAUACAUAUGUAUAUGUGCAUAUGCAUACGUAUAUUUAUAUAUAUAUAUAUAAAAUACUUGUUCUCAGACUUCAGCUGAAGAUGAUAGGGUUCUACAGCCCAGGAGAAAGACUGCAUCCUUGCUAAUAGUGUUUGCCACAGUGUUAGCCUUCCCUAUUACCUUCUUCCCUUUGGGAGACUGGAUGAAGCAAAGCUUCAAGUGUUUGCUGUUCCCGUGGCAGCUAUUUGAGGGUCUGAAGAAUGACUCCUUUGUACUCAAGCCGCACUUUGGGGUCCUCACUGCAGUAUUAGCCUCCCCUUUUGCCCAGUGAUGCUCUAUCUGCUCCUGUAUACGUGAGUUACUUUUGCAUGCCUUUUGUAUCUGGCUCACAGCAUUUGGAGACAAGCUGCUAGAUCCAAGCAUUUUCACUUUGCCAAUUAUAGGUCAUUCCUGUCCACCUGCUUUCUUCUUUUCCUUGCUGCUUUUUGGGAGAGGGAACAUUCCUAAUCAAGGUUUAUUUGGUCUGCUGCUAGCUCAUGGCUUUUUUGAGCAGGACAGGUGGCCUGUUACUUCAGUAAGUUCCAAACAUUUAAGCAGCUAACACAUUUCCUGCAGAUCUCAGAAACAGGCUGUACAAGGUUAGGACUUUCCCAAGAGUACAUAGCUUCUGGAGAAAGCAAACUGUUAUUGUCACUGUUCAGUUACAGGGAUAGACUGAAUUGCUAGCAGUUCCCUUUUUUGUAUCAUUUUGAAUUUUUUUCUAAGUGACUCGUAGAAACUUGCAAAGGUUAGGAAAUUGCACAAGAGUCAGGUCUCCAUGCCCAGGUAAAAGGAGAGCCUUGAGGUAUGGGAAAAGUGCAUCCUCAUGUGUUCCUUGAGUUUUCUGCAUCAAGAAACACCUUGAUCUCUGAAGCCACUCCCAGAAGGAAAACUCCCCUUGACAAGCAUUGUUAAAAUGACUACAUAGUGACAUAGGGUGUCAUCUCUUUGUAGGAAGAAAUUUUUACUUGAGCUAGAAAGACUUUUCCAGUAAGUCCAAUAGUCCCAUGAACCUCUGCAUUUAGCAGCACCUGAAGUAUUGUAAUGUCAAGACCCUUUGAAGUCAACCAUGAUACUGCUGCUUUUAAGUCAGUAGCAGUGUCUGAGUCUAGAGCUGGCAGCUAUAGUGUGUUACAUCUUCUAACUUGAGGCAUUGGAUUUUGUUGCUGAUCAUAAUACACAGUAACUAAUGCUCCUUAAUGCUGUUAAUGUGUGGCCCAGGUUUGAUUUCAUGUUUGAGUUCAGCUGGGGUCCAGGGCCGAGGCUGCCCCUGAGCAUUUGGUAACCCAUAUCCCUCUAUCUUGUUUGAUAAAUUGGUCAAAGGGUUUUCCUGCUCUGUUCCUGUUGCGGGAACACCGGUAGAUGGAAAGCUUACAGCAACAGAACUGCUACCUCCAGUUAGCGGGGGAAAAUGAGCUAGGUUUCUUUAGAGCAACAGCCGAUACACCUACAUUUUUGCUAGGAGGCAAGAAUAGUUUUGUCCUCAAGAUCUGUCUCCAGGGUAAAUGCCAUUUUGUCACAUUUUGGAUUUUUGACUAUUCCUUUGACUUCAAACUUUACACCUUUCCCAGACUAGAAUCUGCUGCUUCUGCAAUACCAUUCACAAUGUGACUGGCUUUGCUUUCUCAAGUGAGGAUAAAAUUUAAGGAACCAAAGAGUAUAAAAGUUCUGGUAGGAGUAACUGUUCAGAGCGAGUGCUUAGAAACUGGGCUAACAAAAAAGGAUGCUUAGUAACUUACCUGCAACCAGAGCAGCCACCAAUCAUGACUUGCUUAACAACAACAAAGAUCUGAAUUUUCUUGUACAAUGCUCAGACCCUAUGAAAAAUAUGCACUGUCUGGCCUUUAUUUGUGGUACCUAUGAGUGCAGAGCUGACACCUGAGUUGGGAAUGAAAGGGAAAAAAUUACAAUUGGAAGUACUAAAAACAAUGUGGUGUAAAUAGGACACAAUCAAGUGAGAAGAGAGUCCGCAGGGGACUCAUCGGGAACCAGAGAUGCUCGCUUUCCUCAGUGAGAAUGGGCUACUCACCUUAAGAGUCAGGGUCUAAGCCACUGAUUCAUAUGUGACACUGUACUACUCAACCACCAGCCAGUGGGGUAUUUAAAAAAAAAGUACCAGUUGCAAUCAUAAUGCCUAUUAAGAAUUUAGGAAUUUUAAGAAUAAUUGGUUUGCCACCCAAAUGCUACCACUGUUAAUCUUUUGGUGUUAAAUGUUCUAGACAUUUCUGUGCAUAGAUUUUUGCUGUGUUUACAUAGUUGUUAUUCUGUACAUACAAUUUUGUCCUUUUUGUACUUAACAUAUAAACAUUUUUUCCAUGUU